AUGGAAGGGACUGUGUUUACCCCUGCCCUGGAAGGAAUGAAGAAUGUUAAAUCGGAAGAUGGGGUGAUGCUCACGAAGCCAUUCUUGGAUGUGUGCAAGCUUAUUUUGCCCGUUAUUGACAAGUUUGGAGCUGCUAUGGCACUUGUCAAGACUGAUAUUGGAGGCAAUAUAACUAGGUUAGAGAACAAGUACUUGUCCAAUCCCACUAAAUAUAACCAUUUGUACAGCAUGGUACAAGAAGAAGUUGAUGCCAAGACUGCUAAAGGCUCGUCCAGUUGCACCAAUGGUCUUUUGUGGUUGACAAGGGCAAUGGAUUUCUUGGUGGAGUUAUUUAGGAAUCUUAUUCAUCAUGAAGACUGGGCAAUGUCCCAAGCUUGUAGUGAUUCUUAUGGCAAGACUCUGAAACAGUGGCAUGGUUGGCUGGCCAGUUCAAGUUUUACGGUUGCUAUGAAGCUUGCUCCUGAUAGGAAAAAGUUUUUUGAUGUCGUGGCUGGAAGUGGUGACAUUAAUGGCGACAUUGAGAAAUUCUGCACUACAUUCUCACCGUUUCUCGAGGAAAACCACAAAUUCUUGGCUAGUGUUGGAAUGGAUGCUCUCAAGGCUUAG